AUGUCGUCCUCAUUGGAGAAUAACAACCUUGAAGCAAUCUAUGAGUCUGUGAAAGAGCAUUAUUCCAAGCAACAAACCAAUGAAGCAAAAAUUUCAAACUCUUGCUUCCUUGCAAAGAAACCUCACAACACGAUUCAAAAAUUGUUGUCAUUAAUACCUGAAAAAGUGAAUGAAACAUUCUUUGGCUGUGGAUGUCCUAUUCCUCUUGGUAUCAAGGACCUCACUGUGUUGGAUCUUGGUAGUGGAUCAGGUCGUGAUGUCUUUCUCGCUGCCGCUCUUGUUGGUGACCAAGGUAAGGUCAUUGGCAUUGACAUGACCAAGAAGCAAGUUGAAUUGGCCAAGUCAAGUACUCUUGAAUUUGUCGAAAAUUGUAAGAAGGUCAAUUUGAAAGUUGGUUCCAUUGAAUUCCAUGAGGGUCUAAUCGAAGAACUGGUCACUCUUCUUCCUAGCGAGAGUGUUGAUUUAGUGGCCUCUAAUUGUGUCAUCAACCUAUCUCCACGGAAGGAAAAAUGUUUACAGCAAGUGUACAAUGUUCUGAAAUAUGGUGGAGAAUUUGUUUUCUCAGAUAUUUACAGCGACAGAAAGAUUCAUCCAAUUGCUCUCCAACAACUCUCCAAAUUGGGGUCUUGCAUUGGAACUGUCUUUUACAUUAACGAUUUUUUGUCAGUUUGCAGAAAGCUUGGGUUUCAUGUUAGAGAAGUCAACCGUGUUGAACUUGCAGCAUCCUCUCAAGAUUUGCAACAAAUGCUUGUUGGCCAAGCUAAAUUUUAUAGCAUUACCUAUCGUCUCUUCAAGUUAAAGAAUUUAGAAAUGGCUGAGGAGAAUUAUGGUCAUAUCGUGACAUACAAAGGUACUUUGGAAGGAUAUCCUGUCAUUUACAAAUUUGAUUCAGAGCUUGAAUUUGAGAAGAACUUACCAGUGAACGUGAGUGGAAAUGUUGCCUCUGUUUUGGAGGAAAGUGAAUAUCUUCACAAACAUUUCUCAAUCCUUCCUAACAAUCGUGAACUUCACUUUGGAGAGUUUGAAAUCAAGCAUAAGAACAAAGAUACAAACAACAUUGAAAAGGUAGUCUUUCAAGUUCCAACAUGCUGCUCAAAGUAA